AUGGCCUUCGCUCCUGUGUCGGGGCAAGGCGCGAAGAAGAAGAAAGGGAAAUCGUUUGGAUUCGAGAGCAUGGGCCUGAGUGCCGCUGUGUAUCGCGCGGUGCGGCGCAAGGGCUACCAGGUGCCGACGCCAAUCCAGCGGCGAACGCUGCCGAUGGUGCUGGCGGGGCAGGACGUGGUCGCCAUGGCGCGCACCGGGUCCGGCAAAACGGCGGCGUUUCUCAUUCCCAUGAUUGAGCGGCUCAAAGCGCACUCGAACACGGGCGGGAUUCGCGCUGUGAUUCUCUCUCCUACGAGAGAGCUGGCCUUACAGACGUUCAAGUUCACCAAGGAGCUGGGGAAAUUCACCGACCUGCGAGCGGCCGUGCUGGUGGGAGGAGACAGCAUGGAGGGGCAGUUCGAGGCGCUCUCACGCAAUCCAGACAUUCUCGUCGCGACACCUGGCAGGCUCAUGCAUCAUCUUGCGGAGGUGGAGGGCAUGAGCCUGAAAUCCGUGGAGUACGUUGUUUUUGAUGAGGCUGACCGGCUUUUCGAGAUGGGGUUUGCCGUCCAGCUGAAGGAAAUUUUGCGCGGGAUGCCCGAGUCGCGCCAGACGCUGCUUUUUUCGGCCACGCUGCCCAAGAUGCUCGCAGAGUUCGCCCGGGCAGGUUUGAGGGAGCCGCAGCUGAUCCGAUUGGACACGGAGACGAAGCUGAGCCCAGACCUGGCGCUUUGCUUUUUCACGGUCAGACCGCAUGAAAAAAUGGCCGCCCUGCUGCAUUUGCUUCAGGAGGUUAUUCAGGUGGGGACAGCGGCAGCAGGUGGGGGAGGAAGGGAAAUAAGGGAAGAGGGGGAGGAUGAGGAAGAAUUAGGAGAAGAAAGGGAGGAUGAAGCAAGAGAAAGGGAAGGGAGAAGGAGGGGGUUUGCUGGGAGGGGCAAUGGAAAGCAGACGAUUAUAUUCGUGGCAACGAAGCAUCAUGCUGAGCUGUUACACGAAGUGUUACAAUCCGAGCGGUUACCAUCUUCAGUAGUUUACGGUGCCAUGGACCAAACUGCCCGAAAAAUCCACAUUGCCAAGUUCCGGGCAGGCAGAACAUCUCUCCUCAUCGUGACCGACGUUGCUGCUCGAGGUAUUGACAUCCCUCUCCUCGACAACGUCAUAAACUUCGACUUCCCGCCCAAGCCGAAACUUUUCGUGCAUCGGGCAGGCCGAGCGGCGCGCGCGGGCCGUUCGGGCACCGCAUAUUCUUUUUUCACUGCAGAAGAGCUGCCCUUUGUCCUCGACCUGCACCUUUUCCUCUCCAAGCCCAUCCGCCCGGCGCCACUAGAUUCCGAGAUCGAGGCGACAGGUGGCGCGAGCCUAUUGGCCGCGAGGGAAGCGCAGGAGCGGGGGGAAACAGUCUACGGAAGAUACAUUCAAACCGAGCUGGACCGUUAUUUGGAGCGGCUGAGGGAGCUGGAGAGUUCAAGUGUGGCUGUGGGGAUGCUGCAGAAGGUGGCUGGGAAGGCCAUGAAGCUGUAUCUGAGAACACGGCCGGCUGCGUCGAAUGAGAGUGCGAAGAGGAGCAAGGCGCUGGCGGGCAGGGAGGGCGUGCACCUGCUGCUGAGGGAGCGCGUGGGCGGGCUGGAGUCGGCUGCUGCUGCUUUCGCGGAACACCUUAAGAAGUUCAGGCCGAAGCAGACAGUGCUGGAGCUCGAGGCAGAAGCUGCCACGGCGAAGAAGAAAGUGGUGCGUUGCGGGCCCUUUUUCCUCCCCAUAUGCGUUUCCCAUCUUCCCCAUAUGCGUUUCCCAUCUUCCCCAUAUGCGUUUCCCAUCUUCCCCAUAUGCGUUUCCCAUCUUCCCCAUAUGCGUUUCCCAUCUUCCCCAUAUGCGUUUCCCAUCUUCCCCAUAUGCGUUUCCCAUCUUCCCCAUAUGCGUUUCCCAUCUUCCCCAUAUGCGUUUCCCAUCUUCCCCAUAUGCGUUUCCCAUCUUCCCCAUAUGCGUUUCCCAUCUUCCCCAUAUGCGUUUCCCAUCUUCCCCAUAUGCGUUUCCCAUCUUCCCCAUAUGCGUUUCCCAUCUUCCCCAUAUGCGUUUCCCAUCUUCCCCAUAUGCGUUUCCCAUCUUCCCCAUAUGCGUUUCCCAUCUUCCCCAUAUGCGUUUCCCAUCUUCCCCAUAUGCGUUUCCCAUCUUCCCCAUAUGCGUUUCCCAUCUUCCCCAUAUGCGUUUCCCAUCUUCCCCAUAUGCGGCCCCAUAGCAGCGGGGUUGGAUGUGAUGCGGGCCAAGAGGGAGGCGCACCAGACAGCCAUCAGCAAGCGGCGAGACAAGCUGGUGGCGGAGGGCCGUGAGGUGUGGGGCCAUGGUCUGGGGGACGAUGGGGAUGAGGAUGAGGAGGUGGGGGGAGAGGUGGAGGAUGGGGACGGAGAGGAGGCGGAGGAGGGAGAGGAGGGAGAUGAGGGAGUGGAGGGAGAGGAGGGAGAGGAGGGAGAGGAGGACGAGGAGGACGAGGAAGGGGAAGCGGAUGAAUUUGAUGGUCAUUGGGAGAGCGGUCUUUCAGUCAACGGGCGGCCCAAGAACGAGUUCUCAGCUGAAGUGCAAAAGUUUGAGGCAGAGGUGCUGGAUCUGGCUCCUGAUGAUGGCGAAGGGGCCCAAAAGAGGAAAUCAGUGUUUCACUGGGAUAAGAAGAGCAAGAAGUACAUCAAGCUGAACCCCGGGGAGACCCUGGGUCCAUCGGGCAAGGUGCGCACGGAGAGCGGCACCAAGACGAGUGCUGGCAGCAAGGGCAUUUACAAGCGGUGGAAGGAGAAGACGCACAUGCGCGUGGGCGGCAGAGGGCCACGUGGCAGCGCUGGAUUGGACGCGGGCGAGGAUGCUGACGGCAUGUCGGGCAGAGGAGGGGCGGGUGGGCGAGUGAGGGAUGAGCUGCGCAGCGUGGAUGAGGUUAGGAAGAUGCGCCAAACAGCCAUUGCCAGAGGAGGCGGGGGGAGAGGAGGGGGUGGAGGGAGAGGGGGAGGUGGAGGGAGAGGAGGGGGUGGAGGAAGAGGAGGGGUUGGAGGAAGGGGUGGGAGUGGAGGGAGGGGAGGAAGGGGAGGGAGCAGAGGGAGGGGAGGGAGUGGAGGGAGGGGUGGAGGGAAGGGAAGGGGUGGAGGAAGGUCGAGUUCGAGUGGGAGAGGGGGAGGUAGAGGGGGCAAAGGCAAGAUGGGAAGGGGUGGGAAUCGAUUGGACGAGGAAUCCGUGUGUCACAUGGCCUUUGAGCUCAUAUUCGCGUUCGACGAGGUCAUUUCGCUGGGCCACAAGGAGAACGUGACUAUAGCGCAGGUGAAGCAGUACACGGAGAUGGAGAGCACGGCGGAGAAGCAGUACAAGGCGGACAUGCUGAGCAAGAUCAACGAGACCAAGGACCUCAUGAAGAAGAAGGCGCAGGAGAUCGAGAAGCUCCGGAUGUCCAUAAACAAUGGCUUCCCGGAGAUGGGCAGGAUGGGAGGCGGUGGAGGGUUUGGAGCUCCCGUUUCAUCUGGUCCAGAACCAGGGCGGGCGGGCGGGAGUCUGGCGGCGCCGUCCAAGGGCAUGGGCAUGAAGCUGGGCAAGUCCACCAAGACAAACCAGUUCCUCGAGUCGCUCAAGGCGGAGGGCGAGAACAUCGUCGAGGACGUCAUGUCCGCCGCCGCCGGUCCCGGUCUCGCGGGCGCUGGUGCUGGCGGGCCAGCGGCGUUCGUGGCGACGGAUCCGAUCACGAUUCUGGUGGAGGAGAAGCUGGUGGCGGUGUGGAAGCGCGACGGCGGGCUGGAGAACAUGGAGGUGCAGGGCACCAUGGCGCUCACCGUGCUCAAGGAAGAAGAUGCCUUCAUCCGCAUCCAGGUGCGUUGGCGCGGGUGGAGGAUCGACUCAAGCGGGCUGGAGAACAUGGAGGUGCAGGGCACCAUGGCGCUCACCGUGCUCAAGGAGGAGGACGCCUUCAUCCGCAUCCAGAUCGAUGGCGGGCAUGACAAGAGCUUCCAAUUCAAGACGCAUCCGAACAUUGACAAGGCGCUGUACGGCAGCCAGAACAUCCUGGGCCUCAAGGACCCCAACCGGCCCUUCCCCACCGGCAGCCCGCUGGGCAUCCUCAAGUGGCGCAUGCAGUCCAAGGACGAGACCGUCGUCCCCAUCAGCAUCAACUGCUGGCCGUCGGUGUCGGGUGCAGACACGUAUGUGAACAUAGAGUACGAGGCCACACAGGCAUUCGACCUGCGCCACGUGGUGGUUGAGAUCCCGCUGCCGGCGCUGCGUGAGGCGCCCACGCUCAAGGACUACGAUGGCGAGCCCAGAUAUGAUUCAAGGAGAUCCGUGUUGGAGUGGUGCAUCGACCUCAUCGAUAACUCCAACCGCAAUGGGUCGAUGGAGUUUGUGGUGCCGGCCACCAACCCCGACGUCUUCUUCCCCAUUGAAGUGCGCUUCACGUCCGCCAAGACAUUCUGCGACGUCAAG